AUGUUCACCUCUUUCAAUCCUAUUCAUAUUAUACAAGGUGAAAUCUAUGGUUUGCUUUCACAUUUGAAAUUAAACACGAGAUGGUCAUCGAAUCAAUCGUUGCUACCGGACAACUCCAUUUUGAAAUCAUUAAAGAAUCUAACAAAUAUACUUCAUAAUGAAUCAAAUUUCGAAAGUUUAGAUACAUCUACAUACUUGGAUCCUUUCCUCUUGGUCAUUAGAUCUGCAGAGACAAGCGGUCCUAUCACUGGAACUGCAUUGACCUCGGUCAACAAGUUUCUUAAUCUAUUUAUCGAUUCAGAAUCAAAUAAUGCACCGAAAGCAAUUAGAUCGAUUGCUGAAUCGGUGACACAUUGCAAGUUUGAAGCUACCGAUUCCAAGAGUGAUGAGGUGGUUUUGAUGAAGAUAUUACAGGUGUUGUCGUCGUGUAUGAAGAAUGCUGCCGGUAUCUACUUGACCAACGAUCUAGUGUAUGAGAGCAUGAACACCUGUUUUCUCAUGACUGACCAAUCGCGAUCGUCAGAACUCCUAAAGAAGACCGCCGAGACAACACUACAGGAGAUCGUAACCAUUGCAUUCCAACGAUAUAACAUCUAUCAUUCACCUCCAACACCACCACCUCUUCCACAUCUAAAUAGUGAAGAUCAACAACAACAACAACAACAACAACAAACACAACAGCAACAACAACCACAACAACAACAACAAAAUAAAGAAGAAGUAGUAGUAGAAAAUGAACAACAACAAAAUGUUGUUCCAUUGAGAAAGAGUUCAAUUAGUGCUACUCUAACGAUUACAACGACAACUACCAGUACUACUACAACGGUACAAGAGAAUCUAGUUGGUGGUAGUAAUGAAAUCGAUAAGAUCAUUAGUUCGUUCACUGAUGAACCAUCAUCAUCGGCCACUUCGCAUCUUCAUAUAUCGGAUGACAAUCAAUUCUCGCCAAACAACGAUCUCUUCUUUAGUAAUCUUCCACAUUCCGGUGAGUCAUUAGUAAAACCUAAUGAUUCUACGCAUCAUCAUCAUCAUCAUCAUCAAGAUAGUAAUAAUAAUAAUAAUCAUAAUAAUAAUCAUAGUGGAAGUCAUUCUCCAAAGUCACCAGUAUCUAAUAAUACAACACCCGUUUCAACACCAGUAACACAACCAGUACAACAUCAUCAUCAUUCACUACCAACCAAUUCUCUAUCUUCUACACCACCUAUUAAUUUAAAUAAUAAUAAUAAUCAUCAACAAUCAAAUAAUAACAAUAAUAAUAGUAAUAGUAGUGGUUAUCAACAACAAAACAAACAACAAAGAAAUUCAUUACAUCAUAAUAUUACUGUUGUAAAUCCUAAAUUAAAUCAAAAUCAUUUGGUUGAUUCUGAUAAAUCAUAUGAUGAAACAGUAUUGAUAAAGAUAUUAAAGUUCUUUGUCGACAAUAUUAUGCGUGGAUCAACCUUAGAAUCAUCAACAGGUAUCAUCGCUGUCAUUCAAGAUGAUCUAUUUAAAUAUUUAUUACAAAAUUUAUGUAAGAGUAUACCGAUCUUCUCAUUGUCAAUGAGAAUCUUUUUCAAUUUGUUUGUUUCUCUUAGACACUGUUUGAAGGCGCAGUUCGAGGAGUUCUUCAAUGUGCUGCUCAAGAAUAUCGUCGAUAACAAGCAGCUGUUCGAGUUGCAAGAGUUGGCAUUGGAGGGCUUGCGUGAUUUCUGUAAGUUCCCACUGGCGAUGGUCGAGUUGUUUGUCAACUACGACUGCGAGAUCUACAGUAGCAACGUCUUUGAGUCACUUUGUAAGACACUCUACAAGAAUUCAUUCCCGCUGUCGGGCCCGCUCAACACGCUGCACAUGCUCUCGCUGGAGAAUCUACUCUCGAUCAUCCAAUCGAUUGACGACCGUUCCAAAUACCCAAGAUACAUUCCACACUCGCAGCUACCUGCAUCCGACAGUCUCGAGUUUAUGAAGAAAAAGAAGUUCAAAAAGAUAAUGAGUAUCGCUGCUACUCAUUUCAAUCGUAAACCAGCCGAUGCUUUUAAUUAUCUAUUAGAGAAUAAGAUAUUCACAGAGAUCAAUGCAAAGAGUAUUUCUAAAUUCUUUUUGGAGACACCAAAGUUGAAUUUAAAGACGGUUGGUGAAUACAUUGGAAAGAAAUCAAACAAAGAAGUACUCUCAGAGUAUCUAGAUUACUUUAUUGAGAGAUACGAUGGUUAUAUCUCUGUUUACAGAGCAUUCUUGGAGAGUUUUAUUAUUCCUGGUGAAUCUGCUGUUGUCGAACAUAUCUUUGAGUUGUUGGCUCGUAAGAUCUACGAGAAUUUGGAAUCUAGAGGUAAACAUAUCUUCCAAACCGAAGAUUCUCUAUUCCUUUGUCUAUAUUCUGGUUUAAUGUUACAUACAUCUACUUUUAAUCCAAAUAUUAGUGCAAAAGAUAGAAUGACUUAUCAAUCAUUCGAGAGAAUGUUAAUUCCAUGUCAUGUCUCGAGUGACUUGAUCAAAGAUAUGUUUAAUGAGAUGACUGUACAGCUGUGUGCUGAAGAUGAAACAACAACACCCGGUGUUAUCACUAAUUCCACUUGGAGAAAUACACUUAAGAAUUGGUUAUUAACAACAUUGUUAUUAUUAUUUAAUAAUAUUGAAUAG